CCCGAGUCCGGCACGGCUGCAGGAGUGGAGAGAACGGGAACGUGACCGGUAUCGCGAAGAAAUCGUGUCUCGCCCGUACAUCCAGCACACGUACCCAGUAUUACAAUCACACAGAGACUUUGGACGAAGGCUGCCGCCCAGACCAAUCAAGCCGACGACGCUGCAGCUCAAGUCCACCAACAUCAACUUUCCGCAGCUCAACACGAGUCCUACUCAUCAAAAUCUACAUCUGGCACUAAACACACACACCCUGCCGUACAGUGUUCAUUCGUUGCCGGGUUCACGGGGUGACAUACCUCGGGAUCCUCGCAUCUACCACCACACCGAAAGCGAGCGGGAUCGUGAACGGGAACGGCUACGGGAGCGGGAACGGGAUUACGGAUCGCGCUACGUGUUCCGCGACACCGAGCGGGAACUGUUCGAAAUUGAGCGUGAGCUAGAGCGCGCACGUGAUUCAGCCCGGGACACAGAGUACGAGCGCGUGGAGCCCUUAUCCUACGAGCAUCUGUACACGCUGGGCCGCACCGGGGGCAGCUCGUUCGGUUCGUCCGCCCUGAACGGCUACAAGCCGAAGGUCGGCAUGCAUUCCAUCUACUCCGAGUCGGACGAAGGUGACUGGUGCUAGCACCGGUUAACCGACGACACAACGAAAUCAAUGCAACUAUCCAACUCCACUGCCAAACCAGCAGCAAUGAACGAGCAUAUCCGUGCGGCGCCGGGCUGCGGCACUCCCCGCUUCCAAUCAACCAACGGGGCCGCUCUUCCGCACCGGCACAGCCCAGCAGCGGAGGUACACUUGCAGCGGAGCAUACCAGCAGUGCUGGCGAACCUGCAAACGAUUGUGAUCAAAUUAAUCUCCGGUUAGGUUCGGUUUUCAUUCUUUUUAGUACAGGAGCAGCUAGUUUGUAACGCUUAAGAUAACGCUGCUUUUGGCAUAAGCAUGGGGAAGGGGAAGUGUGAAAAAUCGGGGAGACGGAAGGGAAGGGCUUUAAAAUUACCUGACCCGAAAUCUCUGUCCCGUUCCGCAAGCAAGCGCAUUAAAACGAUAACGCAUCGAGUUCCAUCCAUUAGUACACAUUAUGAGCAAAUUUGACUAGAUUAGUGCAUUAGUGCUGUCAUCAUCGAGUUAUGUAACGGUGGCAGCAGGAGCUUGAUUUGAAUCAUUACCGUAAGAAUGCCGCCAAACGAUCGAAUCUUGCGCGUGUAAUAUAGUAAACUGUUAAGCAAAGCUUCCCUUAGCCCCAAAAAAAAACAUACACAAAUCGAAUUAUCAUCUUUCUUCGAACAUUUCCCUCUAAGCAACAGCACUGCACGCAAGUACUUGAAUACUAGUUGCAUAAAAGCAAUAUGGUGAACGGCGUUACAUUAGUCAACGAUUAUGAAAGUGUAAGAUGUAAACGUGAGCGAACGAGGAGGAUCGGAAGAGAUUGAGUGAAGAAGCAAUCUAGGGUUUAGCAACAAACAACUACAAGACGUUUAACGUCACAACCUUCGUGUUUUGUUGGGUUUCGAAGGGGGGGGAAAAGUAUUAAGCAUCCACCGUCAUCUAAGCAAUCUGGUUGAGUUUUUAGCACAAAAUCCCCAAUACCCCGGAACAGCUGUUGCGUUUACGUUAAAGUAUACUACUCGUUACCAUAGUUUAUAUCUACCGUUACUGGCUGUAGGCGGGCGGGAAAGCAAGUCUACGAACGCAUCGUAAUAUACCACGUGUUCGAGCUGGGAUUUUGUUAGAUGAAAUGUUGUUUUCCACGGUUGGAUGUUUUUUUGCGUUAUGUUCCGGUUAGAUAUGUUUACUUGUGUUCCCGUUUGCUCGAGACCACGAGUUAAUGCUUUUCUAGUUAAAGUUUUACAAAGCUCUACCACACAGUUGAUGGUGGAGCGGUUAGUUCGUUGCAUUGUUUUAUUUUUAUGUUAUGCUUUCUGCGUUGUAUAAAGUUUAGCACAUGUUUGACACUUUGUGCAGGGCAAUCCGGUCGCUUCGGUGGCCCAACUGUUGGGAACCGUUUUUUUCCGUUUUGCGCUCUCCUAGCUUUUGAUUAUCUUCGUAGUAAAUAGGAAGCAUGGAACGUACAUGCGGGCGGGUAGUUAAUGAUAGGAAUUGACCUAGAGUGAUCUAUACAUACGAUCGAUAUAAGCAGCACGUAGAACCGUUUUAGAAACCAUUGCUUGAAGGUGUUCUCUUCAUUUUAGGCGGAUUACUUCUAGCAACAAAACAAAAUACAAUCAUAUCAACCAUACACGCAUACGUUCCAAUUUUAAAUGCCAAUUUAGCAUCCAUCGUUAACACGGCGGUUUGUUCCUGUGUUUUGUCCACGUGGUAGGGACGUGGCCGUUUGUUUGUUGCGUUUUUUGAUAACUUGCGGUUUAUCGUCCUCCGUCAUACUCAUUAACCGUAUGUUUAUCAGCAAUCGGAAAGGUGAAAGCACCAUAGCGUACGCACUUUGUAGCGCAACUGUUCCACGGCAGCAACAAAACAAGCAUAAACCCAGGAAUGAAUGUUUAUUUAAAGGCUUAAUUGCGUUCGGGUAGAUAGUUGAUAGAAUCUCGUUGCAAAAAUGGCAGAGUUUAAAUAAAGCUUUAACAAGACACGGUGUUACGGUACGCGAAUGUGUGUGCGUGGGUGAAGAAUUGAUAGCAUAAUCUCUGGCGCCCUGUGCAGGCGCGCAAAUUUGUCGAUACAAUCAAAAAUCGAUUGCUUCAAUACAAGACAACAAAUGAUACCAUGAGUGAAAUAAAAUGAAAAAAAAACCGGAAACCUAUGCUAAAAUGAAUCGGUUAUAGCAAUAAAUGGCAAAGAAUUAAAUUAAAUCAACGCACGGGUUAGCGGGAAGGAUCGUCCUCCGUUUGCAUCGCGCAACAUACUGUUUACAUAAUAAAAAAUCGUACCCAUUAUACGAUAGAAGAACCCUGCUUGUUUUCUCCCCAAUUUCGUCAGCUCCAAAAGCGUACACCUUCAUCGGCUUUGUAGCGGAAGCAAAAUGGAAGAAAUAAUGCAUAACAGUUUUGAUGUUUGUUGCGUUGUAAAAUUAUGCAUACAUCCAGUAUCACAUCCCCCUCCAAGAACGAAAUGGCUCACCUUUAUGCACGCGCAUUAUUGAGACAAGAAGGUAACCCAGAUACAUUUCCUUUUAAUAAUCGCGUAUAGUAUUUCAUAUUACAUCUGGGAUGGGGAUGAAACCAAAAACCAAACAUUUAAACAAAACAACAACAUUAAGCAAUUAGAAAAGGAAAGCGCAACAACAGCAACCAAACAAAACGAAGAAACAAGUAUAGUUUGAAGCAGGACACGCAAAGCAAGCUAGAAAAACAUAGAACAACAAACAACAACAAAAUGAACAAAACAACAACUGGAAAAGUGAUAAGAUAACAUUUAGACAUUUAGCUAAAACCAACCAAUUUAGGGUGUAGGUUAAUUUAAGCUAAUUCAAAUCGACCUCCAAACUUGCCGCAAUCUUAGGAGAUAAUAAGGGUAGACGAACACUGGCGCUAAGCAUCCUCCCGUGUUUGUGUGUUGAAAAGAAACAUGCGAAUAUUAAAACGCAGAAGAAGUUAAAAAGAUAGAUAAAAGCUCUCGCAAAAAAAAAACCUAUUUCAAACCAUUAACAAUACCUUAAGCGAAUUAAAAAAAAACGCACACUCAAACACACGAACGCGUUCAGCCCCUCCGGGAGGGAUCAGAAAAGCUGUGCGAGUAUAUACACAAAACCUGAACUCAUGAUAAUAUUUAACGAUGCCAGAACAUAACGUUUAAUAACGCAAAACAAACCAAUUGAAUUCUCACUAGCUAAACGAAAAAAAAAACAAAACAAUUCCAAUUUCACCUUGCAGAAAACGAACACCCACAAACACACACACACACUAUUAUUAUUAUAAUUAUUAUUAUUAAAUGCCGUAGCGAUGCGAAAUUGUACAUAUAUAGGCAAAUCGAGCUAUUGAAGGUGUAGGGGUUUUAGGUGGCGUAAUGCCACGCCGUAGUGUGGUCACGUUACAUUUACCGCAAAUCGCAAACUAUUAAUAAAAGAGAACUCUCUGCCAAUACUACCUUUAAUCGAAACGAGAGGAAUAUGGGGAGGAUUGGGAAAACGCCACAAAGGGAACCGUGUUGUAUGGGGUAACUUUUGCGAAGAACAACAACAAAAAAGGCCGGAAAAACGUCACAUUUAUUAGUAUCAACCUUAUUCGCCAUCAUGGAUUGCUUGCGCGGUGAUAACCGGUGGCCGAGGGGGCGUUAGAUUACAAGGAUAGUGCGGGAUAGUGCGGGAUAGUGAUUCAAAGCGAACUAAAUUCCCAUCGAAGCACAAUAUCAACCGAUGCGUUCAUACUGCCACACGCUACCCCACAAGCGAAUCCUUUUCAAACUUUUUGCCAUUUUCUCCUUUAUCGGCAGUUGUGCACUGCUUCAUUUAGCGUUACAAGUAUAAAGGAAACCGAUGGGUUUAUUCACGUAACGAACGGAACGAUGCUUAAUCUGUGCAGUUAUGUUGCUUUCUAGCAUGUUUCAUAACCAAAACAAUUCAAUUUGAGCACCUGCACAUUGCUAAAACAGAUGUUUCAAAACCGGUUCAUUGGCACGUUCAGCUACCGCAUUUGUAAUGACAGACACACAGAAGCAAAGGUGUAAUGAACAGUAAAGUGAGGCAAAUCAUAAAUUGUGAUGUUCAACAGUGAAAUUGUACACAUAGGUAACAAAAAAAAAAACAAAAAAAAAAACAAAGGGACACAUCGAUAGAAAUCGGACAGCAAGCAACAGACAGCAAAUACCAAUAAAGCCAGCUAGUACACAGAAACCGAAACAGAAAAACGAAGGGUGCGGUACAGCUGCUUAAAUGUCCCUUCUCAGUUUGAGUGUGUUGCGAAGAUGUUGGGGCAGUAAGCCAUUUUGCAGUUUUGGAGAUGUUGAAUGUUCAGUUUUGCCACUUGUAGUAGUUUUGCAACAACAACAAAAAAUAACGAUGGAACGAAAAACGUGGUGGUUCUUAAACGCGAUUCGGACGCAUUCACAGCAUUUGUACAUUUUUUCACUAUUUUAUAUUUAGCAAUAUUUCUGAUGAGAAAACAAAAGUCAGCAAAAAAAAAACAACAACAACCGUUGAAAGGAUGAAAACGUUACGGAAUAAUAAAAAAUCAAUUUAAA